AUGGUAUGGUACAUCAGUAAUAAGACUGAAAACAAGAUACCUCGAUUAUUCGAACAACCUCUACCAAAAGACACCUCAGUAGUCUUGGCUAGUUGCUUGUACUUCAAAUCAGCCUGGCUACAGAAAUUCAAACAUGAUCAAACUAAAGCGGAAACUUUCCGAACAGACAAAGGCAACGUGACAAUACAAAUGAUGCACGCUUUACUAAUCAAGCCAGGAUACGUCUACGUACCAUCACUAGGAAUACAAGUUGUCCAGCUAAGAUAUAUCGAUGAUGCAUUUUCUAUGUUUAUAGGGCUGCCUGAUGAAAAUCAACGCCUAAAAAAUGUUUUGCAUAAUCUGACCUCCGAUAAGAUACACGAAAUAAUUGGUGAAGCCGUUGAAAGCCAACAUUAUUACGAGGUAGAUUUAAAAUUGCCUAAAACAGCUUUCAAAUGGUAUAAAUCUGUUAAAAACGAGCUCAUUAAACUCGGACUCCAAAAAGAAAUUUGGGAGUCGCCCGAUUUCAGUAACAUGUUCGACCAGAGCAAUAUAAAAAUUAAUGAUAUUGGUCACGGCACUGAUAUUAACAUAAACGAAGAGGGCACCGAAGCUAGUGCCGUUUCGGACGUGGUACCUUGGAUAUACGCAAGAAUGAAGAUCGUAGAGACAGUCCAUGUGAAUAGACCUUUCUUCUUUUUCAUUUAUAAUCAUAAUAUUCACACGAUCCUAUUCUUUGGUACCGUGUUUGAUCCGAAUAGUGCUAAAUAG